AUGAGCUUUUCAUUAGUGUCCCAACACUUCAUCUCAUUGAAGAGCUCUUUGGGUCUUCAAUGUUGGAAAUCAUCAUCUCCAUCUCUGAUUUUACAACGAAAUACAUCAAUAUCCAUGGGUGCAUUCAAAGGUAUGCAUAAACUUCAAAUCCUAAAGUCGCCUCUGACAGUGUCUACUCGUGGACUCAACAAGAUUUCAUGCUCACUCAACUUACAAACUGAAAAGCUUUGUGAUGACGAUAAUGAUAAUGAUGAUCUCUAUCUUGAUGAAGAGCUUAUGCCUAAACACAUUGCUUUGAUAAUGGAUGGUAAUAGGAGAUGGGCAAAGGCUAAGGGUUUAGAAGUAUAUGAAGGUCACAAACUUAUUAUUCCAAAAUUAAAAGAGAUUUGUCACAUUUCUUCUAAAUUGGGAAUACAAGGUAUCACUGCUUUUGCAUUCUCUACUGAAAAUUGGAAACGAUCCAAGGAGGAAGUUGAUUUCUUGAUGCAACUGUUCGAAGAAUUCUUUGAUGAAUUUUCGAGGUCUGGAGUACGAGUGUCUGUUAUUGGUUGUAAAUCCAACCUUCCAAUGACAUUACAAAAAUGCAUAGCAUUAACAGAAGAGACUACAAAGGGCAACAAAGGACUUCACCUUGUGAUUGCAUUAAACUAUGGUGGAUAUUAUGACAUAUUGCAAGCAACAAAAAGCAUUGCCAAUAAAGUAAUGAAUGGUUUAUUACAUGUAGAAGAUAUCAACAAGAAUUUAUUUGAGCAAGAACUUGAAAGCAAGUGUCCAAAUCCUGAUUUACUUAUAAGGACAGGAGGUGAACAAAGAGUUAGUAACUUUUUGUUGUGGCAAUUAGCUUAUACUGAAUUCUACUUCACCAACACAUUGUUUCCUGAUUUUGGAGAGAAAGAUCUUAAGGAGGCAAUACUUAACUUUCAACAAAGGCAUAGACGUUUUGGUGGACACACAUAUUGAGGAAGGAAAAAAGGUUUCUAGUAUCUCUUGUUUUAUGUG